UUAUUAAUUAAAAAAUUUUAAAUAAAAUUAAGGUGCAUGAUCAAUUUUCAUAAGAUACGAGUACAUAAAAUGAAAAUGUGGACACAUGGAGGAGGAAGUAUUUUUAAUUUUUAGUAUUGACUUUGUGCCUGUGUUAGCAUUGACUUUGUGCUGAUGUUAUUGGUCGUAUUGUGUUCUAUUUUGAUUUGAUAAAAGCGUUACAUUGAAUAUAGUCUACGUUAAUAAUUUUAAUAAAUUAAAGUCGAUCAAAAGUGAUUAGUUACAUUAAUAUUUAUUAAAAUUUAAAAUCGAAAAAAGAGAAGACAUAAAACAAAAACAAACAUAAAAAAAAAAAAUUCUCCAUCUUCAAAUUCAAUUUCUUCCUCCUUACUCUUUUUCUUCUUCUUCAUCAAAACCAGCUUAGCGAACAAGAAAGUGCAGGUUUGACGAAUGUAUAGGGGUGAAAGGAUGGAUACUCUGAAGAUUGAAGUAUAGUUGAAUGUGAAAUCAUUAGUAAAAUAAGCAGGAAAAUUAUUCAACCUUGCGGUACAAGGAAGAAGUACUACGAUGGUGAUGGUGAUGGCGAUGGUAGUGGUGAUGGCGAUGGUGGGGAGGGUGGGUCCGUCCAUUCCCAACCUUCAAUGAAGUGAAUGAAGCACCUAAAAUGUCAAUGGCGCGUAGAAUUGCUGAGGCAUCGAAACCGCCGAGACAUUUCCAUGAAUCUCGUCUCCAGUCGCAGACGCAUUCAUUCCCAAACUCCUCCGUGAACGACUUUUCGCAUCAUAAUCGUCGUCUUCCUCAUCGUCAUCCUUUCCUCUCCUCCACUCUCUGUAAUUUUCGCAUAUAUACAGUGCAGAGAAGAUCUCUUGACGAGCUUUGAUAUCUUAUGGGGAAUUGCUUCGGAUGUCGUCCUGCUAAUGGCUCCAAUGGUCGGAUUAACUCUACCAGACCUCCGACUUCAGGUACGUCGUCUAGUUUCAACAAUGCCGGAAGCCUUUUCACAACCACAAACAGCAGCCGUGGCCUCGGCCAGUUUCCGGCUGCUUCCCGCGACGGCGAUCCAGGGCGAAUAAUGCCGCUGUCCAAUUUGAAGAUGUACACAUUCUCGGAAUUGAGGAGUGCCACACGUAACUUCAAGCCAGACAUGAUGCUCGGAAUCGGAGGUUUCGGGGCAGUGUACCGAGGAUGGGUUGAUUCGAAGACCCUCGCGCCAUCUAGACAGGGCACCGGAAUGUUGGUCGCCGUUAAGAAGUUGAACCCCGAGAGCACACAAGGUUUCGAGGAAUGGCAGUCGGAGGUGAUCUUCUUGGGGCAACUUUCGCACCCGAACUUAGUGAGGCUUUUGGGAUACUGUUGGGAAGACAGAGAGCUUCUGCUCGUUUACGAGUUUAUGUCGAAGGGGAGCCUCGAAAACCAUCUUUUUGGAAGAGGUGCAGCCAUCGAACCACUUUCAUGGGACGUACGCCUCAAAGUAGCGCUCGGAGCAGCUCGGGGCCUCGCGUUCUUGCACGCCGCGGACAAGCAUGUUAUCUACCGAGACUUCAAAGCAUCAAAUAUUCUCCUCGACGGCGGGUACAACGCCAAGAUCUCCGAUUUCGGAUUGGCCAAACUCGGGCCAUCUGGCGGGGAUUCUCAUGUGACGACGCGAGUUAUGGGGACAGUCGGCUACGCGGCGCCUGAAUACGUCGCAACGGGGCAUUUAUACGUAAAGAGCGACGUGUACGGGUUCGGCGUGGUGGUGCUGGAGAUGAUGACGGGGCUUCGAGCGGUGGACACUCGUCGCCCCGCCGGACGGCAUCACUUGGUGGAUUGGAUGAAACCGAAGCUCUCGUGCAAGAAGAAGGUGAAAGCGAUUGUCGACGCGCGGCUGCAAGAGCAGUGCUCGGUGGUGGCGCUGCAGCAGCUCGCUCGCCUGACGUUCCGAUGCUUGGAGAGAGAGCACAAUAAGAGGCCCUCCAUGAAAGAGGUUGUGAUCGCCUUGGAAGCCAUUGCAGCUUUGGAAUAG